AUGAGUGAAGAGUCUGUGAAAGUUGCUGUACGUGUUCGACCAUUCAAUGAUCGCGAAAAAGAUCGUAAAGCAAAACUUAUCAUUGAAAUGAAUGGAAAUUCAACAUUCAUCAUCGACCCACGAUCAUCAGUUGACGAAAAGAAACAAUUUUCUUUUGAUUACUCAUAUUGGUCGCACGAUGGUUUCGUUGAACUUUCUUCUGGGAAGUUAGAAGCGAGUGAUUCAUCAUCAAAUUAUGCUAGUCAACAAAAAGUUUUCGAUGAACUCGGCCGCGAUGUGUUAAAGAAUGCUUUUGAAGGUUUUAAUUGUUCGCUGUUUGCGUACGGUCAGACAGGAUCUGGAAAAAGUUAUUCGAUGAUUGGCUAUGGCGUUAAUCGGGGAAUCGUACCGAUAGCAUGUGAUCAAUUGUUUCAAAAAAUCGAAAAGCAGAGAAGUGCAACGCUACGUUUUGAAGUUGCUGUAUCGAUGAUGGAAGUUUACAAUGAACAAGUUCGUGACUUACUGACACGAGAUAAUCCUAAAGGAGGUUUAACUGUUCGACAACAUCCGACUUCGGGUUGUUUCUAUCCGCAUGGUCUUCGAAUUGUACCAGUCGGUAGCUAUGCAGAUAUUGAACGCCGAAUAAAUGAAGGAACGGAAAAUCGAACGAUAGCUGCGACAAAUAUGAAUACAACAAGUAGCCGAGCACAUACGAUCGUGACGAUCCAUUUUGACCAAAUCACCAAGAAUGAUCUAGAGAAUACGAAAAAAGCCAGUGUUAUCAAUCUAGUUGAUCUUGCUGGAUCGGAACGAAUCGCCACGACAGGAGUGACAGGUGAUCGGUUGAAAGAAAGUACAAAUAUUAAUCGAUCAUUAUCAACACUGGGAAAUGUCAUUUCGGCGUUAGUGGACAUAUCAUCAGGAGUGAAACGGAAAAUAGUCGUACCGUAUCGAGAUUCUGUUCUAACGAAGCUUCUUCAAAAUGCAUUGGGAGGAAAUAGUAAAACAAUUAUGAUUGCCGCACUUUCCCCGGCGGACGUCAAUUACGAUGAAACUUUGAGCACACUUCGUUUUGCUGACCGGGUAAAACGCAUUAAAAACGUUGCUAUUAUCAAUGAAAAUCCCAUGGAUAAAUUAAUUCGGGAAUUGAAAGAAGAAAAUCAUCGUUUAAAACUGUUGAUCGAAACCGGAAAUUACAAUUUUGACCUAGAUGUAAAACCAGGCAUGUCUAUGCAAGACAUUGAGCUAGUUCGUAAGCAAAUGGAAGAAGAAAUUCGGUUACAGAUACAAGACAAUCAAAAACUGUUACUAGAUUCCAGUAUAUCCUGGGAUGAUAAGCUUAAGAACGCUCAGUUGGAAAAUAAACCUCGUACAGCGUCGAUAAGAUCCAAUCAACAAGUUCCGUACUUAGCGAACCUCAAUGAAGAUCCGUUAUUGUCAUAUGUCAUCUCUUAUUAUUUGAAAACAGAGAAAACAACGAUUGGUAGUCGUGACUGUAUGAUAUAUCUAAAUGGAAUCAGUAUACUUGAGCACCAUGCGGUUAUUGAUCGAACGCUGACAGAUGAAUAUGAAUUGGCACCUGCAGAACCAGGUGCGAAAAUCAAAGUCAAUGGCUUCUACAUUAAUGGAGCUACUGUUCUCAAUCAUAAAGAUCGUAUUCUAUUCGGUGCCAAUCAUUUGUAUGUGUUUUUAAAUCCAAAUAAGGAAAACGACUCAUUAGGAAAUGCUCGAACUUCGAUAACAUGGGAAUUUGCGCAGAAGGAAAUUGCCCAAGUUAAAGGUUACUCAUUUGGAAGUAAUUUAAGCAUGGACCAAGAAGUUAUCCAAGAGAAAAUCUUGACAUUGUUACCAUUACUUUCGGAAGUAAACGCGAUCAGCGAAGAAUUGAAUAAAUAUCGCGUAUUUGAACUUGUUCUUAUGCCGAUUUCAACGUGGGAGGGUGUGCCAGUGAAAGGAUCUAAGGUUAUGAUUCGAAUGAGAAAUUUAAUCAAUCAGAAUUUUUGGUACUGGGAUGAUAUGAAAUUUUUCAAUCGAAGUUAUAUCAUCAAAGAACAUUAUCAAAAAUUCCUCGAUGGUGGUGAAGACAUACUAUACAUUGCGAAGGAAGACGAUCCGUUUUGGGAACCAGCGGAAGAUGUUUUAAUUGGUACUGCGAAUGCUUUCGUACAGAGUUUAGCUUAUCUGCUAGAUUUCGAGGAUGAGAUUGCUAUUGUUGAUCAUAAAGGUUUAGAACAUGGUCGACUCAGUCUCAAUAUAAGUCCAUGCCUGUCCAAUGGUCAAAUUUUAACAGAAGAACACUUUAUCGAUCAGCCGGAGGAACUUCUCAGCAAACCAUAUUAUUUCAAAAUAACAAUGAACUACAUUGAAAUCACCGAUGAGCGUUUUAAUAAAGGUCUUCGUAUACGUCAUCGAGUUUUUAACGAAACGGAAUUUAGCGAAACAAAUAUCGUAUGUCGUAAUGCGGCAUGUUCUCGAAUCAAUCAGACGCGCAUCGUGACCGUCAACAAUGUUGAUGAAGACUGGCUAGACUUUUUCGAAAACGGUUCAAUUAUCUUUCAAAUCUUUGCCGUGCAAGAAGAAACUAAACCUUCGGCAAAAUUAUAUCGAAUGACGACGCGCGAUAUGAAAAUCAUGGAACAAAAACAAGACAAUACGAACUUACCGCCUGCACACCAUACAAACACAAGUCUAUCUGGUGAUUCGAAAUUGAAAGCUGAGCUGGCUCUACUUCACAAGAAAUACAUCCGCUUGGAGCAGAAAGAAAAACGAAUUCAACAAUUGUGUCGUGAAUGGGAUGAUAAGAGUGAUUAUACCAGAUUCUACAAGCUAGUGACGGCGGUUGUUUCGAGUACAGGAACGAAACUAAAGCCAACACAUAAUGUGGAUAACGGAGAUAAUACUAUCGAAAUCUAUCUAUUUGGUGACGAAGAAAAAGAAUAUCUAGAUGAUAUCGAGCAGAAAGAUACAAAUAAACAAAAUCAAUGGGAUGACUACUACGCAAGACUGGUCAAUCAACAGCGGCGUGUUUCUCUAUCUUAUCGCGUUAGUAUGAGGCGAUCGAUUGCACCUAAACGCUCACAUAGAACCGAUUCGGAUGUAUUAUCCGUGAUUCACGAAGGAAGCGAAUUAUCAAAUCAAAGUAGAACAUUAACUGCAAAUGAUGGGAGACCCCGGGCUGAUACCCAAUCAGCCGGAUCACUUUGGAAAAAAACAACAAAACCAGAUCAUUCUAAUCGAAGCAAUAAUUCACCCACAUUGUUCUUUAAUGAUAAACGUUCGGCAGCAUGUACAAUACAAUGA